AUGGCACAGGCUGCGUUGGUAUACGGCACCCCUUCCAUGGCGGCCGUAGCAGGAUCAUUCUUUGUAUUUCAGGUCUGGUCCACCUUUUAUACAUUUCCUGAACCUGUGUUCUGGAUUAAGCUGCCCCGUGUAGUUCAGCUGAUUGCGAUUCUAUCUCCGCCUUACGUGAUCCUUGUCCUAUUCGUUUGUGGCGCGGGUCUGAUACUUGUUGAUGCGCCCUCAACAGCCAACGCAGAGAAUGGCAUUUAUUGCGUGAUUGACGUGGAGGAUUUCCAGCGUUUAAUGACUCCUGCAUUCUGUGCCGCUGUACUUGUAGUGAUUACGGUCAUGCAAGUGGCCAUUGCAGUCAAAGGCUAUCGAGGCUGGCGACAUAUCAAGAAUGUUUUCCCGGAGGCAGAAGUUAGCAGACUGAAUGUCGGAUCAUACUUGCGCGUAAGUGAUGACUUGUACAUGUGCGACAGUCUGUCAUAA